AUGCAGUCCCUGACUGAGGAGAUCCAGAGUUUCUCUCGGACGCGGCUGAGGAAGCAGUGCACCCGUGUGACAUCUCUGAGCGGCCGUCGCAUCAUCGAGACCUGGAAGGGUUCGACGAUCACUGUGGUUGAAGACCCCGCCCCCCCAGAGAAGACGCUGGGAUACGUCCCAGACACUUCCUGGGACCUGCAGGUCGGCAUCAUCAAACCUUACCUGCUGCUGGGUUCUCAAGAUGCUGCACAUGACUUUGGCACUCUGAGAAAACACAAGGUGUCUCACAUCCUGAACGUGGCCUUCGGCGUGGAGAAUGUGUUUCCUGACCUGUUCAUCUAUAAGACUGUCAGUAUUCAGGAUCAUCCCAACGCUGAUCUGCUGCUUCACAUCCAGGACUGCUGCGACUUCAUCCAGAAGGCCCACAGUGAGAAAGGUGUGGUGUUGGUCCACUGCAACGCUGGCGUGUCCCGGGCACCGGCUGUGGUGAUUGGCUACCUGAUGUCAUGUGAUGGCCAGUCCUUUGACAGCGCCCUCUCAAUUGUCAAAUCAGCUCGGCCCGCCUCCUCCCCCAACCCUGGCUUCCUGGACCAACUCAGGAGAUUUAAAAUGCCGACAAUGAACGGAUCCAAACACUAA